AUGUUGGGUCUUCGACAGCCCGUAACAUGGGAAAUGGUGGGUAAUGCUCUUAAUCUGGUCUAUGGAAAUGAUUCAAUGAUGUUUUAUAAUAAUAAUGCACAUAAUGUAGAUCAGAGUGGUGCUUCUUUUUUAAGUGGUUCACCACCGUUUUUGGCGUACCCUCAAUUUCAUCAAAAACAGUUUCUUACUUCAAAUCAUUAUAAUCUGGGUUAUCACAAUCAACCCAUGUCUAAUGUUAAUCACCUACAAGCACAUGCUUUGCACCGUCCCUGGAUGCAGCAAUCAACUCAACAACCACAUGCUGCAGUAACAAAUCAAUCAAGUCAGGGUAUGCAAACAUGUAUGAAACUUCAGCAAGUAAAUGCCACGUCUGAUAUUGAAGAUAACGGAAGGAAGUAUUCAGAUGAUGAUAUGAGCGAAGAUGGAAUGUCGGGGGAGCGUACUAUUAAGAGACAGAAAAAAUCCGCACAGAUGGCUUCAGGAAUAAAUGGGGUUACCUUUCCGGUGUCGACAGCUUCUAACCUACCUAGGCCGGAUAUAGAACGAUCGGCAUUAAAAGUUAAUACGAGUAUUCAAUACAGUCAAGACAGAGAUGAUAUUAUAUCUAGCAAUGCUGUUCGUUAUGCUGAGACAAGAUAUGCGUUUCCCCCAUUUAUAGUAGUACUAGAUGGGCAUCCUCAAGUUGAUAAAAUUAAAGAUGAAUUAUGUCUACAUUUUGCGGAUAAGCAUAACUUUAAACUGGAGUUUGAAGGUAUUAAAACUAAUUAUCGUCGAGAAAUGAUAUUUUUUGUUAAAAAUCGUGAAUCAUUCAUCUGCUUGUUCGAUGCAGAAAAAUGGCCGGUGACUCUUGGUGGCCUUAAUUUUAAGAAAACGUUACCUCGUCGGCUUCCUCCACAAUGUUCGCUAGUGUUACAUGAUGUCUCAUUAAGCAAAAAUAUUGACGAAUUGUUAAAUGAGAUGCAAUUGGCUUAUCCUGAUAUUGACAAUGCUUUUCGAAUUAAUAAUAAAGAGAAAAAGCCAACAAAGUUAGUACGCAUUGAUAUUAGGAGUGUUAAAACUCUUAAUGAUCUGGUACAAGCUCGAUGUAUGUAUAUAGAUUAUGUGAGAUACCGGGUUAGCGAGUAUAUAGCACCAGUAAAAGUAUUGCUAUGUUCUAAAUGCUUUGGGAUUGGACACUUCAAAAGAGAAUGUAAACAGGAUUUACCUGUGUGUAAAGUGUGUGGAUUAGCUUUUCAAGAUUUAGAAUUACAUCGGGGGAAUGGUGGAUGCUCGGGAGUUAGUAAAUGUGUCAGAUAUCAAGGUUCCCAUGCUUCAAAUGAUGGUAGAUGCCCUUCAAUUAUAACGUAUCGUGCAGCGUUAACCAAAACUAUGCUGCCAGUUUUUAAAUCGAAUAAGCAAAUGAAUCAGUUGAAUCAGUUUAAUCAAAAUGAUAACGAUUUUCCAAAAUUGGGAUCGAGUAGCAAUGCACUUAACGUAUGGAAUCAAACAGCACAUAAUGAUAACUUAAACAGUCUGGCACAAAAAGUAAAUAGCAUGGAAAUUUUGAUAGUUAAAAUUGCUGAUAUGCAACAACAAAUUAGUGAGCAACAAGUUCUUAUUCAGGAACAACAACAGAUGAUCCUCCAGCAGCAGAGUGAUCAACAAAAAUGUGUUACAUUUUGCAAUAGUGAAAUAAUGAAAAUAAAUAAAAAGCUGGCUAUCAACGAGAUUAAUGUAAAUUUCCACCAAAAUUAUAUAUUUAAUCUUAUGGAACCUAUGUUUCUACAAUUUGUGGAAUUAGCAAAGGCACUACAACAAAAGAAUAUAAUAAAAGAUAAUGGGGUUUGGGAUAAAAUUAAGCAAUUAAGUGAUCACCAUACGAAUUUGCAAGAUCAAUAUAUGAUAUGUAAUGAACAACGAUCCAAGCUACUAAAGACACUAUCGAAUGAUGAUCAAAUGCUUAUACAAUGA